AUUUGAUAGAACCUCCUACCCUUGUUUUACACGGUACACCGGGAUAUAAAAGUUGAAGGUCGCUAUAGCGGCUUUUGUUAUAGCGAACAGGUGUGUUCGUCUUCACAAAUUGAGCUCUCCUGCAGAGGAGGAAAAAUACGCCCCUAAAAACUAGGCAGAUUUACCUUAUAAGAUUAGGACCACUAUCUUUUUGUGCUACAUAAGCGGGCAACGAUGGGUGAGUUGUUCCGCAGUGAGGAGAUGAGCCUCUGUCAGCUUUACCUGCAGACAGAGGCAGCUUACGCAUGUGUCUCAGAGCUUGGAGAAUUAGGGCUUGUCCAGUUUAAAGAUCUGAACCCAGAGGUAAAUGCUUUCCAACGAAAGUUUGUGGCUGAAGUUAGACGCUGCGAUGAAAUGGAGAGGCAACUACGUUUCUUUGAGGGUGAGAUUAAAAAGGAAGAGAUAAAAUAUGAACUGUCUUACCCCAACCCAGAGGCACCCUUCCCCAGGGACAUGGUCGAUCUGGAGGCUACAUUUGACAAACUGGAGAAUGAGCUGAAGGAAAUCCACAGUAAUGCAGAGACGAUUCACAAGAAUUAUAAUGAGCUCACUGAAUUGAAAUAUGUGCUUCGAAAAACUGCUGAUUUCUUCGAAGAGGGUCAUGUUAGAGAGGAUGCUCCUAAGAGACUUGCAGAUCAGGCCCCUGCCAGUGGCAUCCAAUCAUCAUCAGAGAGGACCCCUCUACUCAAAGGCCGCCCUGCCCAAACGCAGGCCAUAGAGACCGUCUCCACCAUGGGGUUUGUUGCUGGGGUCGUAUUGAGGGAAAGAAUGGCGGCUUUUGAGCGUUUGUUGUGGUUUGCGUGUCGCGGCAAUGUCUACAUCAAGACAGCUGAGAUUGAGGAGCUUAUUGAUGACCUUGGCACGGGUGAACCAGUGCAGAAGUCUGUGUUUGUUGUGUUCUUCCAAGGGGAGCAUCUCAAGACUAAGGUCAUGAAAAUAUGUGAAGGGUUCCGCGCCACCCUGUACCCUUGUCCAGAGUCAUUGGCUGAAAGAAAGGAGAUGGGUGUCGGUGUUAUGCAGAGACUGGAAGAUAUGAAGACAGUUCUUAACCAGUCAAAAGAGAUGCGUGUACGUGUGCUGACAUCUAUCUCCCAGAACCUAGAGUCAUGGUUUGUGAAGGCGCAGAAGAUCAAGGCCAUUUACCAUACCAUGAACAUGUUCCGAACAGACAACAAGACGUACAUUGCCGAAUGCUUCUGCCCUACCAAGGAUCUGGAUCUUGUCCAGGUCGCCCUGAGAAGAGGCGGGGAGAAGAGUGGUAGCACAGUGCCAUCUAUCGUGAACACCAUUCCAGCCACGUCCUACCCCACAUAUUUCCGUACCAACAGAUUUACACUAGCUUUCCAGGCAAUUGUAGAUGCGUAUGGUAUAGCAUCAUAUAGGGAGGUGAACCCAACACCCUACACAAUCAUCACAUUCCCCUUCCUGUUUGCCAUCAUGUUUGGUGACUCGGGGCAUGGUCUCAUCAUGUUCGCCUUUGGUCUCUGGAUGGUGGUCUACGAGAGAAAGCUCAGCAAGGGCAGAAGUGAUAAUGAGAUAUGGACCACGAUCUUUGGAGGCCGCUAUGUCGUAUUCCUGAUGGGAUUGUUCUCUAUAUACACUGGAUUUAUAUACAAUGAUUGCUUUUCCAAAUCAUUGAAUAUAUUUGGAUCAUCUUGGAGAGCCAAUGCUUAUGAUGAAUCGACAAUUGAGCACAACAAAGUACUACAACUCGAUCCUGGCGAUCCUAACGCUUGGAUAGGACGACCAUAUCCCUUUGGAAUGGACCCCGUGUGGACACUGACCAAGAACAAGAUCACAUUUCUGAACUCAUUCAAGAUGAAGCUAUCUGUCAUUCUGGGCGUCCUGCAGAUGACAUUUGGUGUUAUACUAGGAGUUUUCAAUCAUAGGCACUUUAGACGUCCCUUGAACAUCAUUUCCGAGUUCUUGCCAAUGAUUAUCUUCCUUAUGGCCAUUUUCGGGUACCUCUGUGCUGUCAUCGUGGUCAAGUGGGUUAAAUACAAUGUGGCAACUGGACACUGCGCUCCUAGUCUUCUCAUUGGUUUAAUCAACAUGUUCCUGUUCAAGGACCCAGUGGUCGGUAAGGACCCUUGUAAUACAUACUUCUGGUACCCUGGUCAACAUUCCUUCCAGUUGUUCCUAGUGGCCACAGCAGGUAUCUGUGUCCCAUGGUUGCUGCUCUCUAAACCUCUCUACCUACUAUGGAGGCAUAAGAGAGAAACACAGGCCAUGAUUCACCAGCCAAUGGUAAAUGAGUCUGAUGAACAAGUUGCCAAUGGAAAGCCCACCACAUCAAGUGAUGCUGGGGGACAUGGACAUGGGGAAAAGUUUGAGUUUGGAGAAAUCUUCAUUCACCAAGUAAUCCACACGAUAGAAUACUGUCUCGGUUGUAUCUCAAACACAGCUUCCUACCUUCGACUCUGGGCCCUUAGUCUUGCUCACGGACAGCUGUCAGAGGUGCUGUGGAAUAUGGUGCUAAAGAUAGGGCUAGGGAUGAACGGUUGGGCAGGGGCACCUCUUGUGUUUGUAGUGUUUGUGCCCUGGGCUGUCCUCACCAUUGCUGUACUGCUCAUCAUGGAGGGCCUCUCUGCCUUCCUGCAUGCUCUACGUCUUCAUUGGGUGGAGUUCCAGAAUAAAUUUUAUGAGGGUACAGGGGAGCCAUUCGAACCCUUCUUGUUCCAGAAUAUUGCCGAGAACACUGCAAUACAAUAGGCUGUUGCAAUACAAUAGAGGAUAUUGUAAUGCAUGUUGCAGUACAAUAAAGGACAUUGUAGGAAAUAUUACAAUACAAAUGUCAUUAUAGGGAAUAUACAUCACAUUGUACAAUAAAGGUUAUGAAUAUUGCAGUACAAUCAGGGACGUUGUUGGGAAUAUUGCGAUACAAUGAAAUUUUGAAAAAUGUUACAAUUCAGUCUCAAAUUGUUUAAAAUGAGAAUUGAUUCAAUAUUUACAGAUCAGUAGCCAUAUUUUUGAGAAUUGGUAUUUUUGAGAAUUCAGUAUUUUGAGAAUUGGUAUUUGUAUGUCAUGUGGAACUUAUACAAACUGAAUCAAUAUUGCUUUAUUUAGAUUGCUAUCGAUAUCUUGUAUUUUAUAUUGCUAUGACAUGUUAUUAAAAAUGCUACAAGUAUCACCGUAACUACAGUUAUAUCAUUAGGGUAAAUGGAGAUUUGUAAAUCAAAGAAUCAUUCGCAAAUAUGAGGAUCAAUUUUUCAAAUCUAACAGAUAAAAUGACAAUUUUUGGGAUGAUUCUGCAUAUGUACAUUACGAUUGUAAAGCCUGCAAGUGAGUCUCUUGAUUGAUACCUAGUAUCUAUAAUGACACAUUAUAAUAUCUAACACUUAGACAUGCACAAGCUACCCCAUUGGUCAGAUUGGGUUAUUCAGUAGUUUUAUGAAAGCACCGUAUUAACGUCCAGUUAACAUAUAAUAAGAAAAAACAUGUGUGAAAACAAUUGAGAAAAUUCUGAAUGAUUAGCCUAAUGGCAUACUCAUGAACACUUAAUGCAAGGUGUUGUAGCAUAAUGACAUUACAUGGUAUGAUAUGGUAUAAUAUGGGAUAAUAGAUGGCUCUGUUAGUUUAUAACCUAAUAAAUGUCUCAGUCAAAUCUGAUCUACGGCAACCAUACGGCAACUGUAGCUUCAAAAAAAAUUGAGAGAAAUAUGCAGCUUAAAUAUAGCGAUUAGCAGUACAAUUUUCUAUAU